AUGCUCACAGGACACGAUGACUCAUACCUUCGCCGCAUCGAGGUGCACAGUUACACCCUCAUUCAGCUGGAGAGGUGGUUUACAGCCACAGGCCAGACUCGUGUCACUGUGGUGGGACCACCCAAGGCAAGGCAGUGGCUGUUGCAUAUGAUCAGCUGUGUGGGGAGCCCGGACUCCUAUCUUCGGGCCCGAGGCCUCGAGAUGCUGCGACGGGUCCGGAGCCAGCCCCUGACCCAGGUUGACCUGGCCACCUCUACAAGCAUAGAGCCCAACAUCGGAGACUUCUCUUUGGCCGGGCUGUCCAACCUAGUACAGAGACUAGGGAAGGAAGAAAAGUGGGCGUAA